AUGUCUAUAUCAACCGCGAUGCUUAUCCUAACUCACCACAAUCAAAUCCUCAGUGUAUCAAUCUACGACAACUCCCUCGUUCAAAUAGGCGAUCGCGUCCUGAUUGGACCCGGUGUCUGUAUCUGCACGGGCACACAUGCAAUCGAUGCUAAGUCACGGCAGGAGAAUGAGGGUACAUCAUUUGCACUUCCGAUCAUAAUCGAGUCCGAUUGUUGGAUAGGUGCGAGAGCUACGAUUCUACCUGGUGUACGCAUUGGGAAGGGGACCACGAUUGCGGCUGGGGCUAUAGUUACGAGAGAUAUUGAGUCGGGGUGUGUUGCGGGUGGAGUACCUGCAAGUGUUAUUCGUCGACUUGAAUAG